AUGACGUGUGUGGACGAACAUGACUUUGAUGCUGAGGGUGAAGAUGAGGAUGAUCAGCCAGCCGAUCAACCUGCACCAGAGCCGAGACCGAGAUGCAGGAACGUAAGAGGAAGGGGAGACCGCGGGCAGCCGAUACACCCACCUGCUUCCAUGGUUGGUGCACCUUUUGGGGGUGAUAUGGCUGGUUACUUUGACCAGUUGUCAUUGAGUGUGAAUUGGAUAGGCGGCACGAUGGAAAAUGUGGUUCAGCAUCUUGGGGUGGAGCAGCCGUCUCAUUUAGGGUAUCAUUAA